CAUUUUGAGUGUUGCUAAGGCACUUUGUGAGCUUCAGUUGGAAUUGCACCAGCAGUCUUCAAGUUUUGAGGUUGUUGAAGUUGGAAGAAAAACACGAUGCAGGACUAAAGUAGAAGCUAAGGGUGUGGAUUUCUUAAUUAUUGAAUCUUCCUUCCAAUCCACGAGGGUUAAGUGAAAAGGAUGCUGUGUUUGUCAGACAGUGAGGAGAAGAAGGUGAAUGAGUUUCAAAAGAUUGUUGAAGCAAUUAAAGUAGAAGAAGUAGAAUGCUUGAGGAGGUUCAGUGGGAAAGUGUUCAGAUCCCCAACUUUGUUUGAGGAUAUGGUCAAAUGCAUUAUCCUUUGUAACUACCAAAUCCAUCUGGUGGCUUAUGGCUUUCAAAAUGGACAGCAGGGGAAACAGGAUGAGUGAGCAAGGGAAUCAAUUGGGUUAGCUAGUGUUCAUAAUCAACGAGAAGGCAGAAAGGAGGAGACAAUAGAGAGAGGAAAUCCGGCAACUAAACUUGCUAGAACUUCAGUCAACUCUCACAUUCCUGUAAUUGUCAUGGAUCAUGAACUUCCAGAACUGUUUUUAAUUCUUGGAUUAGGGCAAAUUCCACACAGCAACAAGGGAGUGGGGGAGGAGGGAAAGCUUGGAGGGAGAUGCCAUGCCAAGAUUAUGCUAUGAUAAAUGGAAAAGAGGGGA